AUGAGUCCAAAAUCAGACCUCGAGAAAAGCAACACAAACGAUGCCGAAGUUCAAGCUUCCCCCGUCCUCACGACAGGUUCCGGCCUUCAUCGUCGACUUGGGAACCGUCAGAUCCAAUUGAUCGCCAUCGGAGGUUCAAUUGGUACCGCCGUGUUCGUCUCCAUCGGUGCCGGUCUUGCUAAAGGCGGUCCCGGCUCCCUGCUCAUCGCGUACUUCUUCUACUGCUGUUUCUUGGCCAUGGUCAACAAUUGCCUUACCGAGAUGUCCGUAUACCAGCCGGUCGAGGGAGGCUUUAUCCGCCUUGCGGGCAAAUGGGUAGACGAUGCUUGGGGUUUCAUGGCUGGUUGGAACUUCUUCCUCUACGAAGCACUUCUAAUCCCCUUCGAAAUCACGGCCAUCAAUAUUGUUCUUACCUAUUGGAGGACGGAUAUUCCGGUCUGGGCAGUGUGUUUGGCGUGUGUUAUUCUUUAUGGGCUUCUGAAUGUCCUCGCCGUCAAAGCAUAUGGAGAAUCCGAAUUCUGGCUCUCAGGCGGAAAGGUUAUCCUCAUCCUCAUGCUAUUUGCAUUUACAUUCGUCACUAUGGUCGGAGGAAACCCACAACAUGACGCAUACGGCUUUAGAAAUUGGAACGAGCCUGGAGCAUUCGCCGAAUACCUCUCCACCGGUAACCUUGGCCGCUUCGAGGGCUUCCUCGCCUGCGUCUGGUCCGCCGGAUUCGCCUGUGUUGGUCCCGAGUACAUCUCUAUGGUCGCAGCAGAAGCAAAACACCCCCGCAAAUACAUCAAAGCUGCUUUUGCCACAGUAUACUUUCGCUUUAUCGUGUUCUUCAUAGGAUCUGCCCUCUGCUGCGGUAUUGUUGUCUCCUACGCCGACCCAGUUCUACGCGACGUCCAACUCGGAAGCGGGGAAGGCGCCGGAACAGCCUCAGCUUCGCCCUACGUAAUCGCGAUGAAAAACAUGUCCAUUGAAGGCCUGCCACACGUGGUCAACGCCCUUCUGAUUACCUCGAUCUUCAGUGCAGGCAAUACGUAUACAUUCACGGCAACCCGUAUACUUCACUCCCUAGCCCUAGAAGGCCGAGCCCCACGCAUCCUCCGCAAGUGCACAAAACAAGGCGUUCCUAUCUACUGUUUCUGCGUUGUGAUGAUCUUCCCAUUCUUGUCAUUUUUACAAAUGGGUGACAGCUCUUCCACUGUCCUCACGUGGCUCACAAACAUUAUUACAGCUGCAGGCAUCAUUAACUAUGUGGUUAUCACUGUCACCUACAUCGCCUUUUACCGGGCGACUGUUGCACAAGGAUUCGACCGCUCCAAACUCCCUUACACCGGAUGGUUCCAGCCUUACUGUGGGUACAUCGGAUUGGCAUGGAUGUUUACUGUGGUGUGCUGUUUUGGAUACGAGAGUUUCACGCCCUGGAGCGUUGACAAGUUUUUCACCAACUACACCAUGGUUCUACUCGCCCCAAUUCUCUUCUUGGGCUGGAAGUUGAUCAGACGGACUACAUUUGUUAGACCGCACGAGGCUGACCUCAUUUGGGAGGCACCGGAGAUCGACAGAUACGAAGAGGAGUUGAGCCUUGUCGAGCCGCCGGUAGGUUUUUGGCAGGAGAUGGUUGGCUCCUCGUUCUGGCGGAAGUUGAGGAGAAACUAG